UCCCGAGACUAACCAUUUAGAGCCUGCUAGCUACUUGAUAGCCUGUUAGCUACUUUAUAGCCUGCCUGAGUAAGAGCCAGCAUAGAGGGUCGAGUAUCUGCAGCCAGAGCCUUAUAUACAUUCCCAUCUACGGCUCUGGUGAGAGCCUUGUUCCCUAACAAGUUACCCAGCACGGUAGAACCAACGGUGAUUGGUCGCAAUGUCCCUCAAAUUAAGUUAAAUAGAAUUAAGUUUUGGCCAGUCGCUGCGUUUCAAACUGGUGUAACAUCUUGUUACGGGUAGACAGACAGGCUAGCAGUAGCUAGCAGCAAGUAGCUACAGAGAUACGACAGCAUCUCUGGUAGCUAAUUUUGGCUUGCGCUAACUAACUUGGUGUUAGGUAAACAACUUCAUGAACACUACGCUACGCGACUCAGGCCCUAAAGGCACAUUGUACGUUCAGUCUAUUAGUUUCUUUAUUGUGCGUUCCCAGGCCCUUUGAACAUUUAAUCACGCCUGGUGUGAUCUCAAAGUGCUGGCAUUUGAUGUGCGCUAGGUACAAUGAUCCAAAUACUUCUUUGUAAUUCGCCUUUAUUUGUGACGUGAAAACAUUAUACCUAAAUGCUUUCGUUUCACCUCGCCACCCAGAGGCCGACAAGCAGCCCAGCACAGCCACUAGACGUAAAAUAAACUCUUGAAUCAGGAGGUGGUUAUACGUGCUGUAGUUUGCAUUUUUUUUUUUUUACUGUAAGUAAACUACUAGUGCCGUAUAUUUACAGAAAUAUACAGGCUUAUCUAUAUGAUUUUGACUAUUUUUAUAUAGAGACAUACUAUAAAUUAUUUACAAUUUAUAUGUACAAUUAUUAUUUGUUUGUUUUUUUACAAUGUCUGAAAAUAGAUUUAGUUUGUAUCAAAUAUUUAUUUUCUAAAUAUGUCUGUAUUAGAUUGCAACUGCUUAUGCUACCCAAUUUAACUUGUGUCACAUUAUUUUCCUCCAAUGCAGAUGGAUGUGCCAACAGGAAAGACACGAGCCAAAAGUGCAGUGUGGGACUACUACAGCCAGUCAGGUGGUGUAGGUAAAGCAGUUUGCAAUGCAUGCAAAGUCUCGGUCAGCACUGGCGCUACAGUGGCUAAAACGGCCAAUACAUCUAAUCUAUGGUCCCAUCUCAGAAGUCACCAUAAAGAAUUAUAUGAAGCGGCAAAGAAGGAGCAGCGCGAAAUGGAAUCUCAGAAAGCACCAUCACACCAGCCUACAGUGGCAGACCUGUUUCAGCGACAAAAACAGUGGGCCAAUUCAGAUGAGAAGUCUAAGCAAAUAGAUCAACUUUUUGCAGAAAUGAUAAUUACUGACAACCAGCCAUUUUCCGUUGUCUCUGAUGUUGGUUUUCAGCGCCUUGUGGCUGCUCUUAAUCCAAGAUAUGCACUUAAAAGCGAGAAGUUUUACCGCACUGAAAAGAUACCUGCAAUCCAUGCAAAGGUUGUGCAAAAGAUAAAAACCCUUAUCCAACCAGAGAAUGCUGGGUUCCCAUUGGCGUUUACCACAGACUGCUGGUCUGGAACAACAGAGUCCCUAAUGAGCCUGACAUGCCACUUCAUUACCAAUGAGUGGGAGAGGAAGCAAGUUGUUUUGAACACGACGGUCAUGGAAGGAUCCCAUACAGGGCAGUACAUCAAGGAUAAAUUCCUUGAAAUGAUUGAGGAAUGGCACAUUGACAAAGAGCGCAUAGCCCUUGUCCUUCGUGACAGUGGUGCCAAUAUGAUGAAAGGCAUGAGGCUUGCUGAAGUGCCAGACCUCAGCUGCACUGCUCACCAGUUGCAGCUUGUUGUAAAUGAUGGCCUGUCCUGUCAGAGAGCAGUGAUUGACACAAUUGCUACAGUGAAGCAUUGUGUCACACAUUUUCAUCAUUCUGUCCUGGCCAAGGACCGUUUGAAAACAAUUCAGCAAGAACUUGGCCUUCCAGUCCACCAGUUCAUACAAGCAGUUCCAACCAGGUGGAACUCAACACUGCACAUGCUGCAGAGAGCACUGGAGCAGAAAAGAGCAUUAAUUCUCUACUCUGGGGAGUAUGGGGGGUUUGCUGCUCCAAGUGCUCACCAGUGGGACCUGGUAGCUAAUCUUGUGGAGACCCUGAUUCCCAUUGAGGAGGUCACGCUGGAGGUGAGCAGCAGCAGUUCCUCUGCGUCCUCAAUCAUUCCAUGUGUCAGUGUGUUGAAGAUGCUGCUGGAGGAUGAAGGACCCAGAACAACCGGGAUCAAAACUCUUCGGCAAGGUAUGAAGGAAAGCCUCAUCAAGAGGUUUGCAAAGCUUGAAGAAACCAAGCAUGUUGUUCUGGCCUGUCUGCUAGAUCCACGUUACAAGAAUAAUGCCUUUUCCUCUGACCACACAAUAGAGAAGGCGAAGCAGUGGCUCAAGGAUGAAGUAGAGAGUGCCUCGGCGGAGGCACAUGAUGAAGAAACAGCACAGGAGGUUGAUGUGGCGCAAGAGGCCGAAGCAGAAGAAUACACUGCAGAACAACAGGCCCGAAAAAAACAGAGGAGAAAUGAGGCACCAUCUGGCAGCCGGAUAGAUGCCAUCUUCAGCUCUUUGCUAGGACCACGAGAGGCAUCGGCCUCAGAUGCUGGGCUUGAUGAGGAGGUGAGGUUGUAUCUCAUGGAGCCAAUCAUUGACCGCCGAAAGGGGGAUCCACUCCAGUGGUGGAAGCAGAAUGAACAACGAUUUAAGCUUCUGGCUAAACAAGCCAGGAAGUUUCUGUGCGCACCGCCCUCAUCGGUUCCCAGUGAGAGAGUCUUCAGUGAGAUCUCUCUGAUCUACUCGAAGAAUAGGAGAAGCCUCACUGGGCAACAUGCCGAGCAGCUGUGCUUCCUGCACUAUAAUGUUCUUUUACUUAAUUGGCAAUAUUAGGCUUGGGCAUUAAACCAGCCUAUGGUUCAUUGCAAAGUAGUUCUACAGUGAUGUUUUACUAAUUUCUCAUAGCAGGGAGUGAUUUUAUUUUUUAUUGAUGAUUAUUUAUUUAUUGAUUUAUUUAUUUUUUCCCAGUUUUAUUCUAUGUUAAGUUAUUCUAAGUUAAGUUCGGCUUUAUUUUACAAAUGCUGCUGGCAGCUCCCUGUACUUAAAAUGUUUACUAUUAAAAACACUUAAUGGAAGUUCGAGUCAGUGUGUGCCAUUUUUAAUUUAUUUGAGAAUUUUUUUCUUCUAUUUAUCGGUUGCACAUAUCGGUUAUCGGCCUCCCAUUUUCAUAUAUAUCGGUAUCGGUAUCGGCCCUGAAAAAACCAUAUCGGUCGGGCCCUA